AAAAAAACCUUUUGAAGGACUGAACAGAGGUCCACAGGUCCACGUAAAGCCCACUGCAGGACACCUGAGAGAGAGAGAGAGAGAGAGAGAGAGAGAGAAAGAGAGAAAGAGAGACGAUACUUACCUGUCAGUGAGAACAGAAGAGAUGGACUCUUUGGUUCCUGACCUCCCCAGCGGCCCACUGGACGUCUACAGGAAGAAAGCUUCUUUUAAUUGGAAGGAGAUGCUGCUGUUCAUCGAAGGAGAGGAGAUCAUCGCUUACAAGAAACGUGUGUUCCAGACUCUGGAGAACGACCCUCUGUUCGCCCGGCGGCCUGGUGAGGACAUUCCUCUGGAGAAGAUGAGAGAGCUCACCUUCCUCAGGGUGAAGAAGCUGUUCUCCUAUGACUUCCUGCCAGAUGAAGAAGUUAUGGCUAAUCCCUGGAAGGCCUCCGUCCUCAGUAACAGUCUGGGCAUGUACGACUGGUCCUGUAAUACUAAAUACUUCCUCAACAGAGGGAUGUUUGGAGCGACUGUGGCGAGCUCUGGCUCAGCAAGGCACAGUGAAUUUGUUAAAAACAUCAAAGCCAUGAAGAUUUUUGGAUGCUUUGCUCUCACUGAGCUGAGUCACGGCAGCAACACCAGAGCCAUGAGGACGACAGCGACCUAUGACCCCAAGACACAGGAGUUUGUCAUCAACUCUCCGGACUUCGAGGCGGCGAAGUUCUGGGUGGGGAAUCUGGGGAAGAACGCCACUCACGCCGUGGUGUUCGCUCAGCUCUACACACCUGACCAGGUGUGCCACGGCCUGCACUCCUUCAUCGUCCCGGUGAGGGACCCUCACACGCUGCUCGCUCUGCCCGGCGUCCUGGUGGGAGACAUGGGGAAGAAGCUGGGUCAGAACGGCCUCGAUAACGGGUUUGCUCUGUUUCACAACGUGAGGAUCCCUCGAGAGAAUCUGCUGAAUAAGACGGGAGACGUGACGCCUGACGGACGCUACGUCACCCCGUUUAAAGACUCUAAGAAGCGUUUCGGGGCGUCUCUGGGGGCGCUGUCGUCGGGCCGGAUGUCCAUCAGCAGGAUGGCUCUGACCAACCUGAAGCUGGCUCUGACCGUGGCGGUCAGGUACUCGGCCACCAGGAGGCAGUUUGGCCCCCUUGACGCCGAGGAGAUCCCCGUCCUAGAAUACCAGCUGCAGCAAUGGCGUCUGAUCCCCUACCUGGCCGCAGCGUACGCUCUGGAACAUUUCACCAAAACCAUCUUCAUGAACUACGUGGAGUUUCAGAUGGGACAGGUGAUGGGCAACAAGAGCGACCACCAGGCGGACCUGGGCAGAGAGAUCCACGCCAUCUCCUGCUCCAGUAAACCUCUGGCCUCGUGGAUGGCUCAGCGCGGGAUCCAGGAGUGCAGAGAGGCUUGCGGGGGGCAUGGAUACCUGGCCAUGAACCGUCUGGGUGAACUGAGGGACAACAACGAUCCAAACUGCACGUAUGAAGGAGACAACAACGUGUUGCUGCAACAAACCAGCAACUACCUGCUCAGCCUGCUGCACGCCAAGCAACACGACGGAGUAAAGAUCGAGUCUCCUCUUCACUCCGUCGACUUCCUGGACGGUUACCAAACCAUCCUUGGGAAUAAAUUCACAGCAACGACCCUGGAGGAGUGUAUGGAGCCUGCAGUGUGUGUGUCUGCGUUUCAGUGGUUGGUGUGUUUCCUGUUGGAGGAGAGUCAGAGGAGGCUGCAGCAGCAGAGAGACGCAGGACUGGAAGACUUUGAGGCUCGAAACAACAGCCAGGUGUAUUUCUGCCGCUCUCUGGCGAUCGCCUACAUUGACCAGAACUGUCUGAAGAGGUUUUAUGAUGUGACCUUUGACCCUGACACUCCGGCUGCUCUAAGACCUGUUCUGAAGAAACUCUGCGCUCUGUACGGACUGUGGAGCCUUAGCAACCACACGGCAACGCUGUACCAGGGUAACUACCUGAGUGGAGGGAGACCUGCAGAGCUGAUCCAGAUGAGCAUCCUCACUCUCUGCUCACAGCUGAAGGAUGAUGCUGUAGCGUUGGUCGAUGUUUUGGCUCCUCCUGAUUUUAUACUGAACUCACCCGCAGGAAACGCUGACGGACAGCUGUACAACAACCUGUGGUCCACAGUGAUGCAGGGCUCUCAGGUCCUGGAGAGACCGUCGUGGUGGAAAGAGUUCUGCUCAGACAAACCUGUCGUCGGCUCUCUGCGUCCCAAACUGUGAAAAGAACCAUCCAGAACCAGGUCCCCCGUCUGUGACGUCCUGUCCCCCGUCUGUGACGUCCUGUCCCCCGUCUGUGACGUCCUGUUCCCCGUCUGUGACGUCCUGUUCCCCUUUAGAAUCACUAAUGACUCUGCAGAUACUUCCAGCUGUUUGUUUGUUUGUUUGUUUGUUUGUCUCUCCAGAAGGAGAAAUCUGUGCCAAUCAGAUCCAUUCAUUGUGACCUGUAUGAACAGACAGACUUGUAGCUGCUAACGCUAACAUCCAGAGCGUGGCCUUAAGACAGCACGAAGAAGAGCACAUCAGCUGUUUGUGUCAUCGUCUUAAACUCUGCCUCUCUCCUUUACAAGCCCUGACCUCGAGGUGUCGCUUAGCAGACCCUCUCAAACAGACAGCUGACUGAAAUGCAUUAUGGGAUGUAAUAUCUGAUUAACUGAUGAUGAUCUGUUGUUGAUGUACAGAGACAUAUGUGCCUUAAAGCUGCAGGCGCGCUCUAAAGUCAUGAGAACGCACUGACUGAUGAUGUUUCCACACUCUGACAUCAUCGGGCUGCUCUCAGCUCGGGCGUCUCUUUAAUGACUCUGUGUCGUUUAGUGUGUGUGUCAUGGAGGCACUCGACUUUUAUCAGAAACAAUCAUCAAUUCACAUUAAAUGACUUUACUAAUUAAAA